UCAGCCACUCUCUUCUGUUUGUCCGAUCGAUCAUUUUCAAGGUCAUCAUUCAUAACACAAUGGCACUUUUACCCUAUUCAGCGCACGCUUUCCGUACAUAUAUGCGACCCGCCACGCUUCCUGUCACUCGCGCAAGCGCCAGGGUAUUCUCGCCGCGUCGAUACUUACAGAAUAUUUUGGCGCCAACCGACCCCGAUGCCAAUUCUCCCACCCUGAUAAUCAGUAAACUUACACCCAGAGGAUUCAUCCUAUCCGACAACCUCAUCAUACCGGGAGGGGCAAUUUUGCAUUCUGGUAAAGUCUUAUUAUGGGACGUUGACCCUCCAAGGCAACCUCAAGCAGGUGAGAAAGGCGGUUUAGAAAAAGUCUGGGACGGAUGGGAAAAGGAGAGAUUUGGGGCGCUGGAGAUGCUUGUGCCGAGACCGGAGAUACUCUUGCUGGGCACCGGACAACGGGCAUUGCCGGCGCCGAAAAGAUUGCGCGAAUAUAUCAGUGGCUUGGGCAUCCAGCUUGAUGUGAUGGAUUCACGAAAUGCUGCGUCCACCUACAACCUGUUAGUGGAGGAAGGCCGCCGCGUGGCUGCAGCGUUGUGUCCUUUGGGUCCCAUUGACCCGCGCACCGGCGAACCACGCUGAUCAGCCGUUCAAUGUGCUUUAUUUUGGUGAACAAAUACAGCGCAACUAGUUAAGAGGUUAAUGCGGAGAAGAACCACAAAUACAGUCAUUCUUAUAUGGUAAAGCAUCGUGUACAACAGAACAUAAAGUGCCGCUAUAUGUACUCCUAUCCAUGCAUCGUGCAGUCCUUCAGUCAUACACUAUUAGG